UACCACAGCACUUUUCCUUCUUUAAACCAGUUCUGAAAUAAUCAAGAAGCAGAAACGACAAAUAAGUGAACAUAUUUUGUGUUCGUUUUUCAUCUGAGAGAAAUUCAACCAUAUACUAACCACUUCACUUCAGGGCUGCGGGGGAGCCGGAGGCAAGCAGCUGGUGCAAGUUGAGUGUGCUGGCCAGCAGUGGACCACCUACAGAAGCAAUAUGUAGGAAAAGCCUUCAGACAUAUCAGCCUCUGGGCACAUGGGCAUUCUUCCAGACUUCAGUGAACUGGACACCAGGCCCUGGAGACAUUAGGAAGAACAAACUGAACAUCGUUGUCCGGUCCUGCAGGGCUCUGGCAUGGGGGAGCUGAUAAGGGAAAAACUUGUGUUCAUCUUCCUUCUUGGUUGCUUGAUUCAAAAAUGCUUUGCCACCGUGCAACACUCCCAGAGAUUUCCUCUUUCUGCGGGUGCAAUUCAAAGCCAGCUAAGAACUUGUCCUCAGAUAAAAGUCGGAGAGGACGAUUUACCAGGUUUUGAUGUUAUUUCCCAGUUUCAUUUAGGCACCGCAACGACUGGAGGAACAAUCCAGCGGGUGGUCGGAUCAACCCCUUCGCAGGUUGCGUACAUAGUGGGACCCGAAUAUAGCUUCAGGUUACAAACAAGGGCCGCCUACCCUUUUGGGCUGCCGGAAGAAUUUUCUUUUCUUGCCACUUUCCGGAUGAGUGGGAGCACCUUACAUAAGAACUGGAAUAUUUGGCAGAUCCAAGAUGCCUUCGGAAACGAGCAACUUGCAGUAAGAAUGAACGGGAAGACGCGCUCGGUGGAGUUCUCCUGCGCAAGAGCCGAUCACAGCCUGCAGACCGCCGUUUUCUCUUUCAUACCGUCCCUGUUCGACUCUCAGUGGCACAAGAUCUUGCUAAGUGUGGAAACGGGAUCAGUGACCCUUUUUGUUGACUGCGAUUUGAUUGACUCUCAAAAGAUAUCCCCGAGAGGCGGGGUGAACCUCGAUGGCUUUUCUUCGAUUGGAAAAUUAAAGGAUAACGCUGCGGUGGCAGUUCCGAAGAAAACAGAGAAGGAAACACAGAUCAUACAGAUAGAAAGUAAGGCUUCCAUGUCACAGAAAGCAAGCCGGCUCCCAGAAGUCUGGGGAGAAGGUGUGGCUGUAGCUGCACUGAACAAGCACCAACUGCAGCCACCUGGCCUGGCAGAGACUUUUCCCCCUGUGACGGCCUCCAGGCUUUGCGUUUACACAGAUGCUAAGGAGUACUUCUCCCUGCACAAGCAUGAGCAGUGGAGCACCAGUGGGCUCUUGUCUAUGACCAGCCCUGCCUUGGGAAGGCCCAACAUUUACACCUCUGUGCAAAGUGGAAGGACAGAAGUGUGA